UUCUCCUUCACGUCCGCAUGACCAGGGAGUGUUUACAAUCAGACAAGAGAACGUUAGCAGACAGAAGAGCCGCUUGAACUUCCAGAGUAGAACACAAGGAUUCAACACAAGGGUUACAGAGGCCUUUAACUUAGCUGGGAGUGAGUCCUAUAGAACCAUAAAAAGUCAUAGUAGUAUAUAGAGAUGCAGCACCCCAACUUUGAAACCAGACAUCCACUGCAAUCAGACGAUCAAGAAAGAGGUAUUGAUCCGCUACAGAAGUACAACAGAAGCAAAGGAGGAUCUGCGGAGAGCAGUGGAACAAUAACCUUUUCAGAGUCUGACAGUACAUUCAUCUCCUACAGAAAAGAAUGGGAUGAAUUAUUUUUAAACUGUAAUUACCUGGCUAGAAUCCGACAGAAGGGGAUUAAUGGGCAGCUGAGGAGCAGCAGGUUCCGCAGUGUUUGCUGGAAGCUUUAUCUCGAUGUUCUUCCUGAAGACAAAAGUCAAUGGAUUAACAAGACAAAGGAGCUAAGAGCACAGUAUGAAAAAAUUAAAGAGACACACAUAACCAAUCCACGAAAAGCUGCUGGACAGCAAGACUUGGUUGUAAAUAAUCCGCUGUCUCAGGAUGAGGGGAGCCUUUGGAACAAAUUUUUCCAAGAUAAAGAACUAAGGGGAAUGAUUCAACAAGAUGUUAUGAGAACGUUUCCUGAAAUGCAGUAUUUCCAGCAGGAUGCUGUAAGAAACAUGCUUACAGACAUUUUGUUCUGUUAUGCCCGUGAAAAUGAACAAUUGUUAUAUAAGCAGGGCAUGCAUGAACUGCUGGCUCCCAUUGUCUUCAUUUUGCAUUGUGACCACCAAGCUUUCCAACAUGCCAGUGAAACUGCAUACCCGAGUGAAGAAAUGAAAUCGCUACUAAACCCUGCAUUUCAUGAACAUGAUGCCUAUGCUAUGUUCUCACAGCUUAUGGAAACAGCUGAACCGUGGUUUUCAACCUUUGAACGUCAGGUUCGAAAGGGAAAGGAAGAAAUGAUUACAAGUAUACCCUUUGCCAGGCCACAAGACACAGGGCCAUCUGUGGCCGUUGUAACAAAAGUUAAUCGGAUUCAGGAUCAGCUGAUAAAGAAACAUGACAUUGAACUCUACAUGCACCUCAAUCGGCUUGAAAUAGCUCCACAAAUAUAUGGCAUCCGAUGGGUCAGAUUGCUGUUUGGGAGAGAAUUUCCUCUUCAAGAUCUGCUUGUUGUCUGGGAUGCGCUUUUUGCCGACAGUAUUACCUUGGAUUUAGUUGACUACAUUUUUGUAGCCAUGCUUCUGUACAUCAGAGAUGCUUUGAUUGCCAGUAACUACCAGACCUGCUUGGGGCUGCUUAUGCACUACCCUCCUAUUGGAGACAUACAUGCCCUUCUUCAAAAAGCUCUUUUCCUCAGAGAUCCCAAGAACAACCCAAGACCGGUGAACUACCAGUUUCAACAGAAUCUAGACUAUUACAAGACUCGUGGAGCAGACCUAAUGAGCAAGACUCGAGCUAGUGCCAAAGCAGCUCCGCUCAACAUUAACAAAGUGUCAAGCAGCCUGUUGAGCUUUGGCCGGAAGUUAAUCGCCCCUGCCAUCUCAGUCAGCGCAAGCACCGUCUCUCCCAUUAAUAGUGAUGUGAGCACUGUGGCAGCUCCGACUGUAACUCGUUCCAUGGUCGAAUCCUCACAAAUCCAACAACAACCACAGCAACAGGCUCAGCACCACAGGCUGCUGAAGUCUGAAAGCAUGCCCGUGCAUCUCAGCAAAGAUGUAGUUACAGGUGGCGGUGCUCAGGUCUCUAUUCCUGUCCAGACUGUAACUGACAUCCAAGGUCAAAGCUCCAAGAAUGUCAGCUCAUCUCCAAGCAUUGAGAGUCUUCCUGGGGGACGAGACCAUACUGCUUCACCUCCCUUGUCAGCUACAAAAAAGGAUUCUUUCUUUAAUAUCUCCCGUUCUCGCUCACAUAGCAAAACCAUGGGCAAAAAGGAUUCUGAAGAGGACUUGGAAGCCCAGAUCUCAUUCCUUCAAGGGCAGCUUAAUGACUUAGAAGCUAUGUGCAAGUACUGUGCUAAGAUGAUGAACCUACACAUUGGCAAAAUCCAAGAAGUCAUUUUGCAAGAGAAUCUGGAAAAAGAAGAUGAGGUCCUAGUCUCCCUUGCUGGACUUAAACAGAUUAAAGACAUUUUGAAGGGAUCCCUCCGCUUUAACCAGAGCCAGUUGGAGGCAGAGGAGAAUGAAGAGAUCACAAUUGCUGAUGACCACUACUGCUCCAGCACUCAGAAGGGUGGAGAGAGAAAUGGACACAAGGGUACCAACAGAGAAAGGCCCUUCUCUCUCAGAAGCCAACAGGCUACAUCAGAAUCUUCCUUAAACUCUGAGGGAAGAAAUUCAGAUGAUUACAUUUUAAUUUCCCAAGAUGAUGAUGUUGAGCAAGAUCCAGAAGAAAAGAAAGACAUCACAGCCUCUACAGCAAAGGUUCCUUCUUUCCCAAAGGGGGUAAAGGUAACCCCAAAACCUGAGAAAGAGGCUCCUCCCUCAGCGGUCUUCCAAGACCCUUUGAUGACCAUGGCCUCUGCUUCAGGCAGCACUUCUGGUUCCAGCCCUGAUGAUGACAGUAGCAACAGCAAGGACUGUGAUUUUACAAUAGUAAACCCUAUGGAUCUCUCAUGAGCCUCUCAGCUGAAAAUCUGAACUAAUGUGUCUUUGCACAGUCAUACUGUAUGAGCUCUGAAUAGUCUUCCUGCUUUUUAUUUCCUGUUCUCUAAUCACCACGUUAACAUCUAUGUAUCAAAGUUUUCAGCAGCAACCUUCUAAUACCUGCAUGUACUACUGUACAUACAGUAUAAAGCAGCAUUUUGUGCUUCUGAGAAAAUAAUGGGGGUUGAGAAUCUGCAAUUUUACUGAUUUGGAUUUCAAUUUAAAAUUGCUUAAUCAGAUUUUUCCAAUUCCUGCAUAUAUAUAUUCUAUGUUUUUAUUUUUUCCCUUAGCUAACUUGUAGAUUUUAAAGAAAAGUACUGCCAUCAAACAGAAAAUUAUUAUUUAUGGGUUUUUUUUAAAUAAUCAACUACUUGUAAAGAUCUAAUUAUCUGGGAUGGAUGUAAUUCUUAUAAAAGGUGUGCUUUGACAGAAAAUCCAUAGGAAAACCCUUCAAAGCAAUUUGGAGUUUGUACAAAAUUAAAGUUGUAAAAAGGUUUACUUCAUUCAGGUCUCAAAAAAGUCUUGCUGGUAUCAGAACUCUAAAAAUGCUAAAUGUUCAAAGUACAUAAUUGUGUAUUUGCAGACUGGGGUGCUGUAACUGUGUUAUGAAACAUAGCUGCAGAGCUUGAUGUGAAGGUGGUGCUGCAAGGGGAGUGCUUCUAGGACAUUUCUAGAUACAGUGAAUUGGUACCAAGGGAGUGUCAUUACUUCACCUGUUCUCCCUAACAGAACUGUUCUCAUUCCUUCAGUGUUUUGCUUUUAUUUGCCAUUUUUGUGACAAACUUUUUUAUUUCUAUUGAAUCUAUUAACAGAGUAAGAGCUGUAUGUUUUGGUGACACAUGAAGUUUGAAAAUGAGAUCACAACAAUUUAACUAAUCUCCUAAUUGAUAUAAACUGUCUUCACCUACGUCUACAACAAAAACAAGCAUAAAAAUUCUAAAAUAUGUACAAUGUUACACUGUAGGUACUGGUACUCCUUGAAGUGUUGAUGUAAACAUAUUGAACAUGUACAUGGUCGUUAAAAUCAUAUAAAAAUAUAUUGCUAGGUCGGUUACAGCAAAAUCAUCAACCAAUUACAUUUGCAUUUUUUUUAAUGAUAUACUGUAGCUCUACCAAAAUGGCCAAGAAGAAGCUUUACUGAAAGAUUAGUAUUAGUUAAGUGCAUUUUGAACUAAAGGACAGAGAGGAAAUUCAUAACAUAGCAAAACUGUUCCAAGAGACAGAAGUGCCUAAUCACUGCCAAUCACUGCUGAAAUGUUAAAAGAUGUAUAUGACAUUAAACAAGGUACAAGAGUUAAAAAGUUACACAAGCUGAAUUUUUAGUAGUAUUUUCAAACAUCUAUUUCUUCAGUUGUCAAAUCUUUAUCAAAAAAUAAUUUUCUUCUCAUACCAUAUUGACAUUCAGAUUAAAGCAGAUGAUGGCACUGUUCACACUACGAACAUGUAAGCUUUGCUGUGGCUUUCAACUCUCCUUCUCGUUGUUUUUCAAGAUGUUCCCACUGGUGACAUUGAAGUGGGUUAUGAAACAUUCAUUCUGACUUCUUGCCGUGCCUUACAUUGAACUAUUUAACCUUACCCCUUUACAGGUUGGUGUUAAAUGACACAAGCACAGCAUAACUGUGUGAGGACCAUUGCACAGUACAGUAUAUUAAGGAUGUAGGAGGCUUUUGUAAAAACCCCCCCAGCCUGGGAUACUGUUACAAGAUUUACAUGAAUUCCAAUUAUAUCUGAUAUGUUUAGUGGUUGACCAUUUGUCUUGACUUGCUGGACUAAAAAGUAAUAGAACUGUACUUUGCAGUCAUUGCUUGUCCAUUUCAUUGCUGCUCAAAAUUAUUAUUGCCUUGCUGUCAUCUCCACCAUAAUUACAUGUUGUGUAGCAUUUUAUAUUUUUUAAUCAAACAAGAUCUCAUUUCCUUUUGUGAAAAAUGAUAUGUAGUGUAUAUAUACUAUAUUAAACUGCCACUUACUAGGUGUCUGUUAUAGUGAAUUUAAUUGCUAGGUAUUAAAUAUCUUAAAAAUGAAUGUGUAGCAUAAUGUUAAUAUAGCCUGAGCUCUCUGUGUCCAUUAUGAUGUGUGGACCCAAAAGUAUCAAUUUAUACAUUGCUUGCUCUGGUUUAAGUCCAUUUGAUUUUCAUGAUUUGGAUUUGAGGAUUUGCUUAAGGUGUACAGUUUUACUCAUGAAUGUAGGAAAAUUUAUAAAUGCCUCAUUAAACUUAUGUGACUAACAAUCUUGA